AUCCACCUGUUCAUUCCACCCGCUUGGGCCCGGGAGCUUCAUAAUGCUGGCCGCGGGCAUAGCGCAAACAGUGGACCAAGUUCAGUCUUUGCCAGCAUAAAUAACCGACUUCGUCAUCCCACCACGAGUGCGUCCAAAGACAUGGGCGAUAUGAACCAGAGCACUCGACACGCAGUCGACACAGGACCGACACGAAAACGUCCAGCAGAUUUUCUGAUCAUAUCAGGCUCAUCUGGAGGUGUCGAAGAUGAUGUCCCACCCACCCCGACGACCGAGGAAAGCUCGCUUGAGGGAUCUCCGGCAAAGAUGGUAGAUGGGCAUCCCGCGGUCGGCCGCCGCAAGCGUUACAAGAGCAAGAUUCCCCAUGAGCAUGCACAGAUCCUCGAAGCCGCAUUCCAGGAAAACCACAAUGUCAAAGGCGAAGAGUUGGUUCUUCUCGCUAAGAGAUUGGAUUUGAACCAACGUACGGUUCAAGUGUGGUUCCAGAACAGACGUGCAAAGUUGAGGAAGAUCGAAGGACACCAAGUUAAACCACGACGCCGACAUCUCGAGAAAGCUCUCGCCCACCCAUGUAGCGGUUCAUCGGGCACGACAAUUCCCGACGGCAUUUUCUAUCCUGCAUAUCUCGGGAACAGCAGCUCGCCCAACGCCUAUGGUGAUGUCCACGAGCUAGCUUCAUUGCGCGGGCCCAUUGGGGACGAACAGAUGUCCGAUUUUACAGGCUACCAAGAGUAUCCGAACGUCGCCAGCGCGUCUCAUACAGGAGGUGCAGGCCAUUGGGCUGAUUACACCUCUUUACCGCCGGAAGUGCUCACACCAACGGGCUCCGUCAAUUGGAAGGAGCCUCCAUUUCCAUUCACGCCUCAAGCAGCGGUGACGACCACUUGUCCAGCGGAGUCGACUAAGGCUCCUUGCGUUCCGCUUCAGACGCUUCCCAUGUCGGUCGAGCAGAUUCAAAUCGGCAGCUGGCAACGCUUUGCGCUCUCCCGCACCGCGGACCUUUUAGUUGAAGUCGACCUAGUCCAGAACGCCCUGCGCGCGACGUUCAUCGAAGGAAACGCUCGCUGCCGUCUCAAACUUCCGCUGGAAACGAUCAUCGGGGUCGCAUACGCUUCCGCAGAUUACAACCCAAACAUCGGCGAGAUCACCAUCGACAUCCUCGAACCACCUCAAUUUGAGAUGUUCACGGGCGAAGGCGAAUGGACCGCCUGCUCUGAUUUCACCGAAGACGCCCAGGCAUCCGUCUGCUUCACUCACGUCCUGCACGGACCUUUCACCGAUCUCCGCGCCGAGAUGCUCGCCUUGACGGAGCAAUCCCUGAUGAUCCGCCAGGCCAUGAUGCGCGCCAACCUCCGGAUGCAGCGCACAAUGGAAGCGUUGAUCGCCGGCCCUCGAUACCUUCAUAACGGCUACCCAUCGCUCGGUGACGGGCAUAGCGACGCUACCUCCUGCGUCUUCUCGCCCGUCUCGCCCAUGGCCGCGACGCCCGAGACGGGAAGAGCGUCUCUGUUCUCGCCGUCCGCGAGGAGCCUCGACAACGCUUUUCCGACCGCCUAUUACACGCCGGUCAGGUCUGCUCGUGAUGGUGCUCUCACAAUGCAUCAGGCCUAGCCUCGCCAGAUGUGAGGAUCACACAUCAAAUGGGGACUCUUGAGAACUGUGGUUGCUUUUACCGAAAGUCAUGCAUAUGACUUCCUCCCUCGCUCUUUCCUUGAACAUAUCCAUUCGUACUUCAGAU